AUGUCACAAGUUACCAAAAAACUCGAUGAAAGUGAAUUGAACAGUUCUGAUGAAUCCGAUGAAGAUAGCCCUGUUCAUCCAUCUAAAUCUGUAGCAGGAGGAAAAAAAGCUACCAAAAAACUUGUUGAAAGUGAAUUGAACAGCUCUGAUGAAUCUGAUGAAGAUGAUCCUACUCAUCCAUCUAAAUCUGAACCAAAUAAAGGGCAAGUUACCAAAAAACUUAUUGAAAAUAAAUUGGACAGUUCUGACGAUUCCGAUGAAGAUGAUCCUACUCAUCCAUCUAAAUCUGUACCUGACGACAAGAUUACUGAAACCAGAAGAUCUAAAGUAAGGAAACUAGAUUCCAAUAGUGACAGUGACGAAAGAGAGUCCCGCUUGAAAAUAAGAAGAAUAGAUGAAUCGCACGAAGCCAGACCAGCUGCAAGUAGUCUGGAUGACAGGGGAGAAAGUUCAAGAAAUGUUGCUAAUAAGGAGACCUUUGAUGCUGAAAGUUUGAGAAAAUCUUUGAAUAAUCUACCAGAAAUUUCAAUGAGGCAAUGCAUUCCAAUGAUACCUGUUGACAAUAGACCAGCUUACGAUGAGGACGUUAUUGAGAUAUCAGAUGAGAGCUCGAAAGAAUCUGUGUUCCAUUUGCUGUCCAGUUCAAGUGAACACAGUACAUUUAGAUCCGUAAGUGUUGAAGAUCCUAUAUGUAAAUAUUCGAAUAUUCAAGUAGAUAGUAGUAAAUUAGGAAUCAUCAGAUAUGUAAUAAAAAAAACAUACACAGAUUUGGGUCUAUCUUUGAAAGUAUUGAAGUAUGCGACAUAUCCAAACGAGACAGGUUCUACAGCCUCUCCCUUCAAUACAGAUUCUCCGGCUUCUCCGAACGAGGAACAGUAUGCAGCAUCUUCAACGGAGAAACAGCAUGCAGCAUCUUCGAAGGAGAAAUUGCAUCUGGCGUCUUCUAAAAAAAAUAAACAACAUCCAGACUUUUCAGACGAGUAUGACUGCUCACCUUCGGCAAUGAAGAGACAGUCCUCAACCUCUUCAGAUGAACAGUCUGCAAGCUCUCUAGAUGAGAACCAGUCUCGUGAUACAGAGCAGAAACAGCGUCAUUUUUCUUCAGAUGAUAUACAAUCUUCAGAUGAGAAGCAAUCUCUAACCUCUCAAGUCAGUCUACCGCAUACACCCACUCCAGACGAGGAACAACCUCAAGUUUCCUCAGAUGGAGAACGCUCACAAACCUCCACAGAUGAGAUAGGAUCUCGAGCAUCCUCAGGCGAGAAAAGGUCUCCAGCCUUUUCAGACGAGCCGUCUGCAGACGAGGCAAUAUCUCCAGUUUAA